AUGUGGGUGGCGUCACUGGCGCGGCCGCGCGUCGGCGGCGCGCGUGGAAUAUCGGCGGCAGCGAUCUUAUCGCCGGCGAUUUCGUCCGAGAGCGCGCGCGGCACCGUCGUCAACCUCCAGCGCUCGCAGGAAAUGGCGGACGAUGAGUUAACUGAUAUGAUGUAUGACAUGGAGUUUGGAGAACUGAUGAAAGACUGGAUAGAAGAUUGGUCAGAUGAUGAAAAUUCAGAUCGUGGAGAUAGGUCAGAGAAUGGGAACGUAUUGGAAGAUCUUAAUGAAAACAAUGAGCAUGAUGAUGGUGAGGAAAACAACUCGGAGAUCUCGAAUGAAGAUUACAUUAGUCAGCUCAUUUCCGAAUGUCAUAAUGCGUACGACUAUUACGGUGAAUCCGACGCGGAGACAGGCCUUGAUGUCGAAUCAUUAGCUGCAUCUGAUUCUGGGGAGUCGCAAUCGUCGGUCAUCAUGAGUGAGGUGACAGAAGUUGAGGGGAAAAAGAAUGUCCAAGAUACUGCUAGUGCAGAUGAUAAGAGGGAUAUGUUCAUGGAGAUAAUACAAAUGACUUUUACGUCUCACGAGGCUGCGUAUGAUUUCUACAACAGCUAUGCUAGAGAUAAUGGUUUCAGCAUUAGAAAGAAUAGGGUCAGGUAUAGCAAAACCGAGUCACGUCAUAUGCGUUAUAGGCGGUUUGUUUGUUUCAGACAAGGAAAACGUGACAGCAGGUUGCUAACCGAGGAAGGACACAGCCGUAGGCUCAGACCCGAGACACGCUGCCACUGUGAAGCGCACCUGACCGUGAAGCUUGACCAAAAGCGUGGGGUUUGGUAUGUUGAUAGUUUUGAGGACAAGCAUAGCCAUAUCUUGGCAGGAUCGGACGAGGUACCUUUUCUUUGGUCCCACAGAAAAAUCAAAGAUUACCAGAGAGCUGAGAUACUGUCCAUGGGAGCUGCAGGGAUUAGAAUUCACGACAUGAUGGAUACCUUCAUCAGCAAACAUGUAUGGUAUGGCAGUGUUGUGGUUUUACCAGGCGUGAAAUAUACAACCUUUGCGCCAGGGAGAAGAGGAAGCUGCUUUCAAAAGGUGAUGCUGCCACAGUCAUAG